AUGUAUACUCUUGAUAUUAGAGUUUGUACUAGUCAGUUCAUUCAUUGUUUUGCUCGAGGCACUCACACAGUAGGAAGUUUUUUUAUCACCUUUGUAUAUGGCUUUAAUGAUGUGAAAUUGAGGGAUCAACUGUGGCUGGAUAUUCAGGAGUUAGCUUUGAAGAUUGAUGAGGCUUGGAUGAUAUUGGGAGAUUACAAUGAGAUCUUGCAUCAGAAUGAAAGAGUUGGCAAGAAGACUAUUAUGAAACCUUCUCCGAGCCUUCGAGAUUGCAUGAUCACUUGUCAAAUGGAAGACUUGAAAUAUUCAGGGUGUUUUUAUACAUGGAUAAACAAGCAAAGGUCUGAGGAUCGAGUCUAUUCUAAAAUCGACAGGGAUAUGGUUAACUUGAAAUGGACAGAUCAAUACCCAAACUUUGAAGCAGUUUUUCUACCUGAAGGUAUAUUUGAUCACAGUCCCAUUCUUGUUUCAUUUUAUUUGGCUGUGACUACUGGUAAGCAACCGUUCAGAUACUUCAGAAUGUGGAAGGAAGCUUCAUCAUAUGCAACUAAAGUUAGCACUAACUGGAAUAUAUUAGCUUCGGGUUAUGAGAUGUAUAAAUUAGUCCUGAAGUUAAAGAGACUUAAACAGAUUUUCAGAGAAAUAAAUAGAGAAGGAUAUCAUGACAUUCAAAAGGUUGAAGCUCAAGCAAAGCAUUGCCUGCUGGAAAUUCAAGAAAGCUUGCACCAAGAUCCUCUUAAUGAGUCUUUAAUUCGACAGGAGAUAUUGGCUAGGGAAGAAUUUACUCGAUUAAAUAGAGCAUAUAUGUUAUUUUUAUCACAGAAAGCAAAAGCCAGCUGGGUGAUGAAUGGUGAUGAAAAUACUGCUAUUUUUCAUGCGUCAUUGAAAGCUAGAAGGAUUCAGAAUCGCAUUUUCUCUAUACACACUGAAGAUGGUACCUGGGUGGAUACAGUGGAUGGUGUACAAAGAGCUUUUUUAGAAUAUUAUCAAAAUUUAUUGGGGACUCAAUUGCAUAGUAGGAGGAAGGUGUCACAGGCUGUUGUUGACUUAGGUCCAGUAAUUUCUGAGGUGCAUUCUAGGCUGCUGUUAGAAGCUUUUAUAGCUCAGGAAGUUAAAGAUGCCCUCUUCUCCAUUCCAGGUCUGAAGGCCCCUGGUCCUGAUGGCUAUAGUAGUUUUUUUUAUCAGGAUAAUUAG